AUGGAUUUGUAUAGCACACCAGAUAACUUAAUACUCGAAUGUAAAGGUGAACGAUUGUAUUGCAAAAAAUGUGAUGGUUCAUUUUUUAAUCCUGUGGACGAUUUAAACGUUCUUGAUACCGAUCUAACUCUAUGUGGAACUGUUGAGUUUCUCAUCGGUGCCUUGAAUAUUGAAGACAAUGUAUAUUUAUUCUUUGUAACUGAAAGCUCGGUUGUUGCUUAUUAUCGGGGAGCUACUGAAAAUACGAGACACGAAAUUAGGAAAAUUGAAAAAGUUAUUGCAUUUGGUGUCAAUGAGAGUCCUUCAAAUAUCCGAGCUUUAAUGCAAACAGAAACGACGAAAUUAAAACAAAACACUGGAAAAUUACUCAAAUUCAUAUCUGAUAAGAUUUCAAAAGAUCCCAAAUCCUCGCUUCUUGACGACAUUCUCAAACUUUUCAAUGAUUCCAAAGAUUUUUAUUUCUGCCGCGAACGAAAUAUCACAAUAUCUGCACAAACAUUUUUUUCAAAAAAAUCGAACAACUCGGAAGAAUCGUUUUUCUGGAAUAAAUAUAUGGUAGAAUGUUUGCAAAAUUCCGUAAAAAUUGAUUUAAAUAAAUGGAUUUGUCCGAUUAUGCAAGGAUACGUCGGAACAACAACACUCGAAAUUGAGGAUCAAGUGAAUGCUUGCCUCGAAAUCACCAUAAUUUCUCGAAGAUCUACUCACCGCGCUGGCGCAAGAUAUUUGAGAAGAGGAAUCGAUGAAAACUCGAAUGUUGCGAAUUUUGUUGAAACCGAAGUGAUUCUCAAUAUUUUCGACCACGAGCUAUCAUUUGUUCAGAUUCGCGGCUCGAUUCCGUUAUUCUGGUCUCAACGCGGCUUCAAAUAUCGUCCGCCUCUCAUUAUUAAUCGAUCGUUUGAGGAAUCCGACGGCUAUUUUCGCGAGCAUAUUCGCCGCUUGAAGAAACACUACGGUGAUCCGCUAGUUGCUGUUAGUUUGGUCGAUCAACGAGGAAGAGAGCUUCCAUUGGCGCAAAGGUUUUUAGAGCAUGUGAUUGCUUUGAAUGACCCAGACGUCUCAUUUUUCUCAUACGACUUGCACAAUCAUUGUAGAGGAUUGAAUUUUAAGAAGCUUCAAGAUCUUAUUAAAAGUAUGGAAGAGACACUGAAGACGAUCGGAUUUUGUUGGAUUGACAAAACUGGAGAAGUUGUUCAACGCCAAAAUGGUGUGAUUCGGACGAACUGUGUCGAUUGUCUCGAUCGAACAAAUCUUGUGCAGGGCCAAAUCUCGCUUCACAUUGUCCUACAACAGGCCCAGCGACUCGGAAUGUUCGGACCAUUGUGCGAGCCGCCCGAAGCCCUCGUCGCUACCCUUCAGAACCUGUGGGCCGACAAUGGUGACGCGAUUUCGACUCAGUAUGCCGGUACUGCUGCCUUAAAAGGAGACGUGACGAGAAGCGGCGAACGAAAACUAGCCGGAAUUAUGCGUGAUGGCUAUAAUAGCGCCUCUCGAUAUUAUUUGACUCAUAUGAAGGAUGCUGCACGUCAAAAAGCUAUCAAUUUGGUGACAAGACAGACUGAAAUUGAAGAGGACACGACAAGUGAGGAAACUGAAAAGGAGGAAGAGGAGAAUAUCACCCGACUUGUUUCGGAAACUAUUCAAUUCCUCGUGCCCCCUCAACAAGUCGUUAUUGCGGGUUGGGGACUCAUCAAUGCUUGUACCAACAACGAUGAAAUCGAUAAUAUUGUGAUAUUAACGAGAUAUAAACUCUAUGUUGUGACUUAUGAGAUUGAUGGCGAAAAGAUGAACGACGUGAGGAUCGUCUCACUUGACGACAUCAAAACUAUCGAUGUCGGUAUGAUCGGCUCGAAUCGAUGUGUUCGCAUCGAAGUGCUUGAUGAGGUUUUCAUUUGGAAGUCUGCUCAAGUUCGACUAUUCAAUAACGUCGCACUUCGCCUCAAAUCGACCGACGAGGCCAAUGAAUACAUCUCAUCAGUCGCCGAACAGAUUAAUGUGGGAAGGAACCUCUUGACGGGAAGUAACAGCAUGAUUCGAAAUGUUAAUAAAAUCACGGUUCCGCAAAUGUCGGUGCAUCGAAGGAGUAUGGCCGCGAUGGGAUCACUUUUAACCAAAAUCAAAAAUGCGAACAAACGCGCCCAAACCUUGGCAAAAUCAGCAUCUGCCAACCCCAUUACUUCGGAACUUGAUGGAAACGAGUCUGACUCUUCUGAACUGUCUAAUAAGGUCGACGCUUCGGUGACCAAAUUUUUCAAGAACACUUUCAAAAAGAAUGAAGAUAUGAUGUCACCAUUCGAGUCAUUGCAUUCCAAAAUAGCCGAGUGUCAAACGAACAUUUCACUUUUAUAA